AUGCAGAUUCUAUCCGAUUCUGAGAAGACAGCGCAUUAUGACCAGUAUCUCUCAUUUCGAAAAGCAAUUGUUGAUAUGCAUUCUAGACAAGGUUCUAAAAUGUGCACGUAUGAAUCAUAUAGCACGUCAAUCAAGGAGAUGGAAGUUGUUGAAUGGUUAAAGUGGUAUAGACAAACAGUAAACGACAUAUUGGCUGAAAAAAGGGUAGUAUCUGGAUCAGGCUAUUUUGAUGCACUGGAAAGAGAUUUCUACUCAGCAUUACAUUUAGCGUUCUAUGGCCCUGAGAUUGAGUCAGAUCUCCUUCCUGAAUUUUUUGAAGCCGAGGAGCGAUCAGUAUACAAAACAGCUGAGGUUCUGCACCUGGUUUUUGGGCGAGAUCUUUUUGGGAUGGUCUGUUUAGCCAAAAAUGUUCCUGAACUGUCAAAUGCUUCUAGGGAGAGACUGACAUCCUUAGAAUCAAAGUUGUGUCAUUCCCUUGAGAAUAUCCCUAUGAUAAUGCAUUCGGAGACAGCUGCUUCUGGUUCCGAUCAAAAUCAACUGAGAAGUUCCAAUUACCAUACAUCAGAUGCAUACAGAGACUUAGAAUUGCAUGUUGGAGGGAGACUUGUUGCUGUGGCAACAAGAGUUCCACCUAGGAGUAGAUCUAAUGAGAUACAAAAUGAAGGAUUUGGGUCCUCCUCUUUCUAUGAUUCUUUUAGCCCUAUUAGAGAUUCUUAUGUCAGUAGAAAAUGUAGAGAACUUCUAGUACCUUUCAUAUUUAUUGUUACUUUGUAUAAUGUUGACUUGAGAUGA